AUGCAGACCGAAACGCUGUGGACUCUGCCCAGCACGGCGCUCCCUAAGCCGGACAGCAUUGUUGGUCCAAUUUUUGUGACAAUCUGGAUGGUCGGUUCGGGUGUACUCGCCUACAUCUUCCACAGGUUGCUCACCAAGCCAUUUCCAACUUGGCCGGAGUUCAAGAGCAUCGCUCUGGGCACAUGUCUUCUUUCUUUCUGGUACCUUGGCAUCGUCAUCGACCGAUGGAUCCACUACAAGAACUGCAAAAUGGUUUUUGGAUACGUCCUCUUUCUCCCUGUCUUGGAGUUCUUGCACGUCGGAUCGACCAUCAUGAUACUCUGGGGCACGUACAAGCUUGUGUGGAAUGAGCUGAAAGGCCGUUUCACCGAGAAACAGCAGCGAAGGUGGUGGUUCGGGGGUAAGUGUGCCAUCUUCCUAGUCUGCAUGGUGUCGCUGUUCUAUACCAUCUUGUACUUGGCCCUCCCCAUUGUGUGGAUGGAGUUUGUGAGUCUCAAUACCAUUGCCGACGUCGCGACAAAGCGAACCCAGUUUGAGGUAGCCAUGGCCGUUUUCUUCUUCGCCUUCAGUCUUUUCACCGCUGGCACUGCCACGGUCGCCAUCGUCUGGGGUUCGACUAGGAUUGAUGGCAGAAUUCGCAAGACACGCAUCGUCCUCUUUUUCGGCACCCUUCUAUUGCUCGCUCGGUCCAUCUCGCAGUUUGCUCUCGUCGCUCGAGCCUACGGAAAGAAAUACACGCGACAAGAUGUGCUCCUAGCCAAAGACGUCUCCUACGGACUUCUAAGCAUGCUCUAUCUCUUAACCAUGGCACACCUCGCGGGGUCCGUCUCUACCGGGUUCGACACGGGCGGUAGGGACGCCCGUCUCGUGCAAUCCGACAUUCGAAAACACAUACUCACCAAGUUGCAAACCGACACCAAUCACGGUCGGCAGGAAUCACCUCGGUUUGAAGAGCUCCUCCAGGACGUUUCGGAGAAUCUGGAGACGAUUCUCGACCAACGGCCUCCGUCGACAGCUCCGGCCGUCAAUCGCGAUCACAAGCGAGCGGUCGCGCAGGAAUACAUCGCGAUUCUGCGUGCUGACUACGGCGAUCUCAGCCCCAAGAAAGGGCUUGACGCACUUGGCUCCCGCAACAGUUCUGCAUUGUCGUCUAUUUUCAGUCGCAGGCUCGUCUCCAACGGACGUCGCACCACGUCCAACCCAGAUAUUCGCUCGGCGGCGACGACACCGGGCAAUGUCCCUCGCGUCAAGUCACGAGAGAUGCUCAAUCGCUUCUCAUCAAGGCUCUUCCCACCUGUGUCUGAGGAACGAUAG